AUGAGCCUCCUUGUCUUGGGUCCACGCUUUCUUCUUGAGAGGGCUGUCGAGGCAGCUGGGGAUGUUUACACAGGUGCUGGUGGUCUUCAGGAGUAUGUGGUGCGUCGCGUGGGGACAGGGGUUGGUAGGAACUAUGAGAGCAUUACGGAGGGGGACCACGUCUUAGUGCCUGCGUCUGUCGGGCAAGAACUACAAAUACCCGGGAUCCAGGGACUCGUCCUGGUUGAUGAGGAGGACGUACUAAUAAAGACUGACAGGGAAAAGUGUUUACUCGGUGGCUUUUCCGGUACUUUCACUGCAUCAUCUCAUUGA